GAAAGAAACUCCGCCUUAUUUCUCGCAGCCGGCUCCUACAGACACUGACACGGGUUUAUUAUCAUCAUUCUGCUCUUUUCCUUCACCGAAUGCAGCCCUGGGUUUAUUCAGGACGCUGUUGGACUUUGUUGUGGUGGUUAUUAAUCGGAUAAACGAUGACAGGAAGCCGCUUUUCAAACAUUCACCGUUCUUCCGGAUUAUCAGCGUUUCAAACCCGGAUUAUCAGCGCCGGAAGUCCAGAGAACCGCUCUCAUUCUUGUGCUUUUACACAUACAGAUUUUCACCUGGGAGUCUAAUAUUUACAGCCCUUACAAACAAACAAACAAACAAACCAAGCGGGUUUGAAUGAAACCGAGGUAGCAGGCGCGCGCGUGCACGUGUAUGCGCGCACCCACCAAUCCUAAUUUCCUCCUAACUCCUCCUGGGAUUAGUAUUCCCACUCCUGCACAUUAGCAAAGAGCAAUUAUUACUUACAGAUAUGCAUAUCCAUUCCUGUCCCUGCCAUGUCUAUUUGAAUACCUUGAUUUGAAUAGACAUUUGGUAGAAGGUGUGUCCUUGGGGCUUUCAAGCUCUUCCAGACUAAAUCAUUGGGAUUAUCACAUCAGAUGAUCAUUCCAGCACUCCAUUGUUAGCCAAAAUCAAUUUUUACAGGUUCGACAUGUCAUCUGAAGCUGCGUCAGAGGGAAGCCUGGUGUCGCUCAGAGACCUGCCCAUGGACAGCUGGAUGGCCGGGCUACCAAGUGGACUCUUGGAUGUUCCUCUAUGGAAUUUGGCCAUUCCAGGAAGUCAUAAUGCUAUCACUUAUUGCUUGGAUAUGAAUAAUCGCUCUCCCAUUGACCUCAAGCAGCCUGAUAUGCUCCAGAAGCUAGACAAGUACAUGAAGCCCCUCAUACGGCCGUUUGUGUACAAGUGGGCAAUUACGCAGGAGUGCAGCGUGUGGGAACAGUUGGACUGCGGUGUAAGAUACUGCGAUCUCAGGAUAGCGCAUCGGCCCAGCGACACCUCCUCUGAUCUCUACUUCUACCAUGGAGUUUACACCACUAUUACUGUCGAGACCGUACUGAAGGAAAUCAGGGCGUGGCUGGACGGCCAUCCUAAAGAGAUCGUCAUCCUGUCCUUCAGCCAUUUCCUGGGCCUGAGUCAAGAGCUCCACACGCUCCUCAUCGCCACCAUAAAGAGCGUGUUCAACUCGAAGCUGUGUCCUAAAACGGACGUGGUCACGCUGAGGAGUUUAUGGAGUUCAGGUUACCAGGUGAUUGUCUCGUACGAGCACCACUUGGCUCACUGCCACACAGAGCUGUGGUCUCAUAUACCGUACUGGUGGGCGAACAAAUGUAAAGCAGAAGCGCUGAUCGAGGAGUUUGAACGCAGAAAACAACACGGCCGUCCAGGAGGCUUCUUUGUGACUGGUAUCAAUCUCACCGAGGACCUGAAGUACAUCUGUUCCCAUCCUAUGGAGUCACUCAAGGACAUGGUUAUGCCAGCGUACCCGAUGCUGCUAAGCUGGGUCCAGGAGCAGAAACCUGGAUCAUACGGCGACUCACUCAAUAUCAUCGCUGCUGAUUUCGUGACUGAGUGCGAGUUCAUACAGACUGUCGUAGCACUGAAUGAAAAUCUACUGAGGAGAAGCACAUGAGGAGGAGGAGGAGGAGGAGGAGGAUCAUCCAGCUGUUGGUUUCGCACAAUAUUUGACGCAUAGCACACAAGAUUUUCCGUUUAUUUAUUCUCUGAAAUAGACCUGUAGAUGUUUGCUAGGACUUUUUUAUUUAUUUAUUUUUUUAAAAGUCUGAUUUUCAGGUACGGGUAGAAUCAUAAUGCUAUGCACUAAUCGUUAUUACUUGAAUGGCGUACAACUAAUGCGCUGUCUUUAUUCUAACGGUUUACCUCUUAUCCUGGCAAUAAAUUUUAGUGGAUUUUGAAAGCACACCUUCAGAAAACAAAGGGAAUAACCUGUAGUGUUGCUUGUUACUGAAGUGUGACCCUCAAGGCUCAGUACUGGGUCCAUUUUUAAAAUGCAUGGUUCAUCUGGGAAAGUAAAUUUUAACGUACCAGUCAAAUCAAAACAGACCUUUUUAACCUUAUUAGGUGAUUUCAUGACUCGUUUUGUAUUUAAAAGACAAGUUAUUUUUGUCUGUAACCAUCCAAUAAAGUGCAGCGUCUUCAGAUCAGGUCAUACCUCACCCUCCCGACCAGUUGUGCAAGAAUCUCGUGAUCGUGAGCACAAAUAUUAGCUUUGACUUCAUACUCAGAUAAAUAUGGCCGCACUCCGGGGAUACAAUUUUGUUCUUGUUUUCCUGCAUUAACAGGAUUGUCCCCACCUUUGAUUUCUCAAGUAGGACUGGGCGAUAUGACAGUAUAAAUUCAAUAUUGCGAUAAAUUCUGCCACAAUAUGCUUUUCUGAGAUAUCAUUGGUAAUGUUUUUAAAAAUAAUAAUAAUUAUAAUAUUAAGAAGCUGAUUUGAUAGUUUUGUGCUCUUUUAAAUCUUUACACCUGUAAAAUAUCCUUGAUGGUAAUCCUUUAUGGUGCCAUGGAUGGCUGCUUUGGUGUGUUGGUGCACAUUGUUUUGUAUUAUUUUGUUUGUAAGCUCAGUUCACUGCUGCGAUACUCGAAUCUCUUUCACCAGAGAAAAGCUCUUGAAUAUGAGGGGAACAACUCCAGCGGACUUGCAGUAUUACCAACUUUUCUGUGGAAUUAAUGGACAUUCUUGUCAAAGGUACUCUUAUCUUUGCUCACUCAGUGAGAUGGUGGAGGAGAGGGAAACACGCUGGUGCGCCUCCGUCGGCGUGGACUUCACACGCCGCUACCUGCGAUAUUGCUCUCCAAUGUGCGCUCACUGUGCAACAAACUGGACGAACUCCAGCUGCUGGUGGGGAGAAACAGGGACUUUCCUACAUCUUGUUCCAGACUCUGUGCUGCAGCUGGCCGGCUUCCAACUUUUCAGAGCGGACCGUAACACGGAUCUCUCUGGCAAGACAAAGGGUGGUGGAAUCUGUUUUUAUGUAAAGAACGGCUAGUGCAGUGAUGUGUCCGUGAUCCUGCAGCACUGUUCUCCAGACCUGGAAUCAUUGAGAUCGCGUCAUUCAUUCUGGUUGGUGGUUACAUUCCACCGCAGGCCAACGUGCAGAACACACAGUGCCUGUUGGCUAACUAAAUACUGGGUGUGGAGUAGACUAACCCGGACUCCCUAGUUAUUGGCCUUUUAACAAAGGUAACCUCUGCCACAAACUACCAAAAUGCAAACAGUUUAUUAAAUGCCCAACCAGAGAAGAGAAUAUUUUGGAUCACUGUUACAUGACCGUCAGCAAUGCCCAUUGCGCCAUCCCCCACGCUGCACUGGGCCACUCGGACCACAUCAUAGUCCACCUGAUUCCUGCAUAUAGAGAGAAAUUAAAGCUGAGGAAACCUGUAGUGAGGACAUCAAAGAUGUGGAGGAAUGAGGCUGCGGAGAACCUUCAGGCGUGCUUGGACUGUACAAACUGGGAUGUGUUCAGGACUGCUACCAAUAGUCUGGAUGAGUACACAGAGGCUGUGACAUCCUACAUCAGCUUCUGUGAGGACUGCUGUGUUCCAUCACGAACCAGGAUGAGUUACAAUAACGAUAAACCCUGGUUCACAGACAAGCUCAGACAGCUCAGGUUACAAAAGGAAGAAGCGUUCAGGAGUGGGGGCAGGAACAGGUUUAGCAAGGCGGUGAGAGAAGCUAAAUGACUGUACUCUGAGAAACCCCAAUAUCAGUUCUCAGCCAACUACCCUUCGUCUGUCUUGAAACGGCUCAGGCAGAUCACUUAACCUUCAGCCUCCCACUCUGUUAAUGACUUGCGCCUGGCCAACCAACUGAAUGAGUUCUGCUGUUGCUUUUAAAGACAAUGGACUGUCCUGAUAUCAUCCCUUGUGACUUCACACUCCAGCUCUUGCCCACCACCACUGCCCUCACCUAUACUGCUGCCAGGGCCUCUCUACAACCUGGAGGCCUGUCCACCCACCACCACAGCCUCAACUCUCCAUUCUGGAGAGGGACGUCAACAAGCUCUUUAAGAAGCUGAACCCUCGCAAAGCAGCAGGUCCCGACUCUGUCUCACCAUUCACCCUGAAGCACUGUGUUGAUCAGCUGUCUCUGGUGUUCACAAACAUCAACAACACCUCACUGGAGACAUGCCAUGUGCCAGCCUGCUUCAAGGCCUCCACCAUUAUCCCCGUCUCCAAAAAGCCAAGGAUCACAGGAUUAAAUGACUACAGACCCAUCGCCCUGACUUCUGUGGUUAUGAAAUCUUCCAGUGCCUUGUGCUUUACCACCUUAAAGCCAUCACUGGCCUGCUCCUGGACUCCAUGCAGUUCACCUACAGAUCCAACAGAUCUGCAGAUGAUGCUGUCAACAUGGCUCUUCAUUUCACCCUCCAGCACCUGGACUCCCCAUGAACCUAUGCUAGGAUCCUAUUUGUGGAUUUCAGUUCUGCCUUCAACACCAUCAUCUCAGCUCUUCUGCAGGACAAACUCUCCAAGCUGAGCGUGCCUGACUCCACCUGCAGGUGGAUCACCGACUUCCUGUCUGACAGGAAGCUGGGGAAACGCGUCUCUGACUCCCGAACCAUCAGCACCGGAUCCCCCCCGGCUGCGUUUUCUUUACUCUUCUCCUUGUACACCAACAGCUGCAUCUCCAGUCAUCAGUCUAGCAAGCUCCGAAAGUUCGCAGACAACACCACCCUCAUUUGGACUCGUCUCUGAUGAGGAUGAUUCUGCCUACAGGUGGGAGAUUGACCAUCUGGUGUCCUGGUGCAGGCAGAACAACUUGGAGCUCUAAAGACAGUGGAGAUGCUUGUAGACUUCAGGAGGAGCUCUGCCACACCCUCCCUCCCCCAUCACUCUGUUUGACUUCCCAGAAAUACUUUGGGGAGUAUUUCUGCUUCCUGGGCACCACCAUCACUCAGGACCUCAAGUGGGAGAUGAAUACCUGCUCUCUUACCAAGAAAGCACAGAAGAGGGUGGACUUCCUGUGGCAGUUGAAGUUCGACAAGGGCAGACUGCAGCGCAUCAUCCGUUGAAAGGACGAUUGGCUGUAACCUUCCGUCUCUUCAGGACCUGUACGAGUCCAGGACCCUGAGGACAGCAGAAAAGAUUGUGGGUGACCCCUCUCACCCCAGACACAAACUUUUUGAACCACUCCCCUCUGGUAGAAGGUUGCGGUCCAUUAGGACCAAAACCUCACACCAUAAGGCCAGCUUUUUCCCCACUGCACUUGCCUCAUCAAUAAGAUCAGAGACCCCACUGACUAACCUCACAAUUUCAAGCUGUAACAUUAAUGCACUUCGUCUCUGAACUGUAAUUUUACACAUUUCAUGGUCAUCUUCAUUCUGUGAAUUUUUAUUGCACAUUUCAGGACAUACUAUAGAGCUUGGACUUGAAAACAACUCAUGCACUUUUUAAAUUUGUAUAUUUUAGAUUCUUUUUAUUUUUUUUAUUCUAUGUAUAUGGUUACUUUCGUCUUUUUUUUUUUUUAAUUCUUCUUUUUUAACUGUUCAAGCACCAACCACCAAAGCAAUUUCCUUAUGUGAGAACGUACUUGGCAAUAAACUUGAUUCUGAUAUAAUUUCCUUUUAAAAUAAUUUUCUUUACCAUGUUUGAAAGGGGGCGGCACGGUGGUGUAGUGGUUAGCGCUGUCGCCUCACAGCAAGAAGGUCCGGGUUCGAGCCCCGUGGCCGGCGAGGGCCUUUCUGUGUGGAGUUUGCAUGUUCUCCCCGUGUCCGCGUGGGUUUCCUCCGGGUGCUCCGGUUUCCCCCACAGUCCAAAGACAUGCAGGUUAGGUUAACUGGUGACUCUAAAGUGAGUGUGAAUGGUUGUCUGUGUCUAUGUGUCAGCCCUGUGAUGACCUGGCGACUUGUCCAGGGUGUACCCCGCCUUUCGCCCGUAGUCAGCUGGGAUAGGCUCCAGCUUGCCUGCGACCCUGUAGAACAGGAUAAAGCGGCUACAGAUAAUGAGAUGAGAUGAGAUGUUUGAAAGGAUCAUCCAAUACCAUUUUUAAAGGUUUAUUUCUAAACGCAACAUGACUGUUUUGUUGGCAGGUAGGAAACCUAAAUACUGUGAUGCAUAUCUUGUGUCAUAGAAAUGUCUUGCUAAAUUGUGAUAUUUUUUAAAAAUCUUAUCGCCUGAUCCUAAUUCUGAGUGAGAGUAGUCCUACAAAAUCGAGGCUGGCGUUUCUGUGUUUUAUUUUGUAGUGCAUGGUUUUUAUAAGCCAAACAACCCCUCAUGUAUAAACCCAAAGUUUCGUUAAAGAAAAAAUGUGUUCGAAUACUUUUCACUUCAUUGUUUAAAAACCGUUCAAGAAAGAAUAGCGGUCCUGAAGGUCAAGUUAGUACUUUAAGUAAGGAAGAAAACAUGACUGGCUGUGACGAUGUUGUUAUUGGAAAAUAAUCAACGAUGUCUGAAAUUGUAACAAUUUCAACAAUGUAUGAACCCAGUGACAAGCAAAGGUACAGGUACUACCUUUUUUUUCUGAGACCGCAAACUCGGCACAGAAUUUCAUUUGAAACUUGUCAUCUGAAAUCAUAUCAGUGACCUGUACAGGGCUUUUUUUUUGUUGUUCAAACAUAGGAAGGCUUUUAAAAUAUGAAAUGCAGAUAGAUAGAUAGAUAGAUAUAUACAUGCAUGCAAAUGAGAAUUUCUCGCAUUUUUAAAAAAUGUUUUCAUGUUGAAUGUGAAAUUGCCCUUUAUCACAAGUCUGUGUGGAAAGAUGGGAAAAUAGCGUUUCUCUACUGCGGUCAGGAUGGUUAGACCACAUGGCCGAGCAUGUGAUUACAGUUUUUCUCAGUCGCUUUGGUGCAUUUCUCACAUCACUAUUUACAUUUGCACAGCAGUUAGUGCAUUUCUCAAAACAAUUAGUACAAACUGCAAAACCUAGUGGAUAACCUGCAAAAGCACGUCACUUGCUCAAAAUGGAUAGUCCAUUGCUCAAAAGCAAGUAUUCGUUUCAAUGAAACUGCCAGUGCCAUCAAAAUGAGAAGUCUUGACACCAUAGUUUAUGAACAAGAUAGUCAAUUGGCUUUGUCAUGUUUUCAUUAUGACAGUUUAUUCUCUCAGUGUUUUCCAAUGCAAAAAAAAAGGUCAGAACUCGCUGACACUACCUGAAAGGCUACUUGUACAGCCAUUUGAAAACUACAGUAAAGUUGCAUAUUGCUGUAGUUAGGGGAGUACAGUGGUGCUUGAAAGUUUGUGAACCCUUUAGAAUUUUCUAUAU